AUGCUAAAAAAUGACUUGAAAGCUAGGGUCAAUUGGGGAAGCAGCCAGCAGCCUGUAGUACAUGAGUUUGACAUGAGUGGUGGAGAAAGGAAGUUGUUGAAUGACACAGAUCUGUUCCGUGCAUUUUCUGAAAGGAUGGGUGACAGUAAGCUGUUCUUGUUUGUUGAUGUUGAGGACAAACCUACAGAAGUUGUAACAGAGGUAGCAGCAAGCAAUGUGGGGCAUGAUAAUGUCAUUGGACCAAUAGAUUCAAGUAAGGAGGCAUUUGUUUCUCAUGCAAUCGACUGGGACAGUAUGGAGAUUAUUCCUCUUGGACAAGAUCAAAUUGGUGCCGCACUUCCUGUGAUGGAUGAAGAUGCGAUGUAUGAGUUUGUUGGCCUCAGGGCAGAGGAUGAGAGGGCUGAGCAAUCUAGGAUGGCGGCCACAAUUAAUCUUGAUGAUAUGGACCUACAAGAUACCGACAUGUUGGUUCAUGAUCGUGUACCCGGAAGAGUCGGACCAAGAAAGGAAAGGCAGGUAGGCCUCUUAGUUGUAGCAAAGGUGAUGCAUCUCCUAGUUCAUCCAAAAGGCAGAAGGUUCAAGUGCAAGAAAAUUCAGGGAAUAAUAGUCCUGGACUUGUGGAAGUACCAGAAGGCACAAGUCAAAUUAGCACUAGUCCCGGAGCUGUUACAAGAAGGGUUAAAUAUUGAAAGGCUUGUGAAUUUAAUGUUAAAUUCUAAGAGGCUUGCGAAUUCAGAGUUAAAUAAUGAAAUUUCUCGAUGGGAUGGGGAUGGGGUGCAUGAGCACGCUUCCAUGAACAAUUUGGCGCUGUCGAUGCUCUCGCCCUCGACCUCAGGUUUCCCGCCAUGUCCCCGACCCUCCAAGGCCGCCACCAACGCCGCCGCGCCCUCGGGCGACGCCUCGCUCUGCGCCUUCCGCGCGCACCACCGCGCCGGCCGAGCCCUCCACGCUAAUCCGGCGCUGAUACCCGCGCUCGCGGCCUGCGCGCGGCUGCCCGCCGCCGUGGUCGAGGCCGAGCAGAUCCACGCGCUCCUCGUCAAGUCCGGUGUCCCGCGGACUGUCUCCGAUGUCCAAGCGUCCACCUCCCUGGUGUUCGAUGGAAUGCCGGACCGGACGGUGGUCACCUGGAACGUCCUGCUUGACGCGCUUGUCAGAGAUGGCGACUUGGACGCUGCAUGGGAGGUAUUUGUGGAAAUGCCACAGCGCAAUGUGGUUUCUUGGAACACCAUAAUCGCUGGUUUUGCAAGGAAUGGGUGGGCGCAGGAGGCAGUGGACUUGUUUGUCGAGAUGACUGUGGCUUAUGGGUUGGCGCCAGAUGAGGCCACGAUGGUUGGCUUCAUAUUGGCUGUUCGGGACAUUGGUCUACUUGGAAUUGGGAAGAGUGCACAUGGGUAUGUUCUCCGUCGGGAGUUCUCACUUGACGGUGCUCUUGGGGUUGCACUAAUCAGUAUGUACACGAGGUGCGGGAGCAUGGGUGCUGCACACAGUUGCUUCUUGAGUGUCACCACCAAGAAUGUGGAGCAUUGGACCUCUUUGAUCGCGGGUUUCGCAGCACAUGGUCAACCAGAGAAAGCAUUGAGGUUGUUCAUCGAGAUGAGGCGGGUGGGCAUUGAGCCUAGUGGUGUCACCUUUGUAGCCAUCUUGAACGCCUGCAGCCAUGGUGGGCUUGUCAGUGAAGGUUUCAAGUACUUCGACCUAAUGAGGAGCAUGGGCAUCAGGCCAAUGAUCCAGCACUAUGGCUGCUUGGUUGAUCUCCUUGGCCGUGCUGGGUUCUUGAAGGAGGCCUUCAAUCAUGCCAGCAAUCUACCUGAAGAUCCUGGUUUUGUAAUCUGGAGCUCGCUACUAGCAGCCUGCCGUAGCCAUGGCGAUGUCGAGAUGGCAGAGCUCACUGCGUCAAAGUUGGCAGACGCAAAACCAAGUCAUGGCAGCUCGUAUGUGCUGCUAUCGAAUACAUAUGCACGAGCGAAACAAUGGGAGGACUUGAAGAGGACGCGGUGGAGGAUGGAGGAGCAUGGGGUAACCAAGAAACCUGGGCUCAGCUGGAUAGAGGAAGAUGGAAGUGUACAUUCCUUUGUCACUGCAGACAAGUUGCAUAUGGAAAGCGAGGGUAUUUAUCAGAUGUUGGAGGAUUUGAAACAUAAUUUGACAUCAGCUGCAUAUGAACCUGAACCGAUCGCUCUUUCUGAACAAUUGUAA